CCCCGGAAAUGGAGUCCGUUUAAUGUCCUACAUUCCUCUCCAGGUCUCAGUCAUAAUUCUGUGCGCUGUCCUUGCAGAAUAUUAAUAUGUAACGAUGGUGUUGACGGUGCGUUGGACUGUGUCUAACAAUAUUAGACACAUGGAAGCUUGUCGGCUCGAAUAAAGCGACGUUUUACGGAGGGACAUUUCUAUAAAAAAAAGAAAAAGCAAUGAGGCCUAAUAGGAGAGAUGAGGAACAAGUAUCAAGCUGAGGAAUUCAACGCACAGCAGCACGUCCGGUUGUUUUUCCGCAGCCAGCGAACUAUUUGACACGACAGUCUCGGUGUGUGUUGACUGGCAUGUCCUCACAAAUGCAGGCAUUUUCCUCUCCCUCCGUGUCCUCCAGUGGCCUGUCCCGCUCCAAGAAACUGAAGUUGGAAAACCAUGCAUGGAACGUGAGCAGCCAAUCAAGUGAGAGCAGCUACUACCAGCACAGCCCCAACCAGCCAAAUGGCUCCUCCCCCUCCACAUCUGGAUUCAACCCAAAUUACAACUCCUCCAACGUGGUCUUUCCUCCUUCUGGAGGCUCGCGGGAACAGACAGUGGUACGUGCCGCAGACAGCACUGGCAGCGUCCCUGAGCCUUCAUCAUCCUCCUCAUCAUCAUCCACAUCCAGUCAGCGUGGAAAAGAAGCAAGCUCCACCUCUCUGACAUGUGAGGGCUAUCAGAAACAGGGCAGUCGGAAGCGGAAAAGUGAGGAGGUGGACAGCAGCGACAGCGUGCAGAUUUUGGAGGAGCUGUCAGCUCCUGUGCUCCCCAAUCGUGUGGCUGGAGGUGGAGGCAACACCACGGCUCAGUCCAUCACUCACUCCACGUCCACCACCAAGAGCAGCAACUCGCACAGUGAGGGCGACUACCAGCUGGUGCAGCACGAGAUCCUCUGCUCUGUUUCCAACAGCUACGAGGUUUUGGAAUUCCUCGGCCGGGGAACAUUUGGACAGGUCGCGAAAUGCUGGAAGCGUGGAACUAAUGAGAUUGUGGCCAUUAAGAUUCUCAAGAAUCAUCCGUCAUAUGCCCGCCAGGGUCAAAUAGAGGUGAGCAUCCUCAGCCGUCUGAGCACAGAGAAUGCAGAUGAGUUCAACUUUGUGCGCUCUUACGAGUGCUUCCAGCACAAGAACCACACGUGUCUGGUGUUUGAGAUGCUGGAGCAGAACCUCUACGACUUUCUCAAGCACAGCAAGUUCAGCCCACUGCUCCUCAAAUGUAUCCGGCCGGUCCUGCAGCAGGUUGCCACAGCGCUGAUGAAGCUGAAGAGUUUGGGUCUCAUCCAUGCUGAUCUGAAGCCUGAAAACAUCAUGCUGGUGGACCCCAUCAGACAGCCCUACAGAGUCAAAGUCAUUGACUUCGGUUCAGCAAGUCACGUCUCGAAGGCAGUGUGCUCAACCUACCUGCAGUCUAGAUACUACCGAGCUCCUGAGAUCAUUCUGGGCCUUCCUUUCUGUGAGGCCAUUGACAUGUGGUCACUGGGUUGUGUCAUUGCUGAACUGUUUCUGGGCUGGCCUUUGUAUCCAGGAGCCUCAGAAUAUGAUCAGAUUCGGUACAUUUCCCAGACUCAAGGUUUGCCAGCUGAAUAUCUCCUGAGCGCCGGCACUAAAACCAGCCGUUUCUUCCACAGAGGCCCAGACUCCAGCUACCCUCUCUGGAGACUCAAGACUCCUGCAGAACAUGAGGCAGAGUUUGGGAUAAAGUCCAAAGAGGCUCGCAAAUACAUUUUCAACUGCCUUGAUGACAUGAUGCAGGUCAACAUGACUAACCUGGAGGGCACAGACAUCUUGGCAGAGAAGGCUGAUCGGAGGGAGUUCAUUGACCUGCUAAAGAAAAUGCUAACUCUAGACGCAGACAAGCGGAUCACGCCCACCAAGACCCUCAACCACCCGUUUGUGACAAUGGCUCACCUGCUUCACUUCCCACACAGCUCACACGUGAAGUCCUGCUUCCAAAACAUGGAGAUAUGCAAGCGCAGGUGUACCGCUUUCGACAACAACAAGAACCUGUUCGCCAGCCACAACGCCCCCAGUGCAGCCGCCAACCUAACUGUCACCUUCAGCAGUCAACUCAAUCAGCACAGUCAGAUGGCCUCCACGGGGGGCCAGUCCCUGUCUCUUAGCAGCAACGUCCCUUUACUGAACUACCAGCCUGGUCUGUACCAGCAGGCCACUAUAAAUAUACCAGGCUUGGCUCAGCAGAGUGUGCCAUUGCAGGCUCGCCCUACUCAGCUGUGUGCCCAGACAGAGCCCUUCCAGCAAACCCUCAUUGUGUGCCCUCCUACCAUCCAGGGGCUGCAGACCUCCAAUAAGCACGCUGGAUAUCCAGUGAGAAUGGAUAACUCUGUUCCCAUAGUGCCCCAGAACCAGUCCACCCAGCCUCUACACAUUCAGCCCAGCAUGCUCACUCAGUUCCUCCACACAUCCCUCUAUCCCUUCCCCAACCAGAGCAGCAGCACGCCACUGACGGUGGCCUCCCUGCGUCUUCCAGUGGCGGGAAUGACACCGUUGGCCUUGGGCUCUCGGCGUCUGGAGCAGAGUGCCACCAUGCUGCAGGGCUGGCCAGCAGGGACCCAGCAGAUUCUCAUUCCCUCUUCAUGGCAGCAGAUGUCAGGCAUGACCAUGCACAAUCCCAGCCAGCCUGUGCUUUCCGACUCGCCCAUGGGCUCUCUGCUCUCGGACAACACCACACAGCAGAACAGUAGCUGGAGGGGUCGACAUGGAGGUCAGUGCGAUGGGACGCAGCAGGGCUCUAUGCAGGGGCGUAACGUGAGCGCACAGCCCUCCCACACAGGGGCAGCCAGCAGUCGAACACAGCAGAGUGGAGUAAAGAGGUCAAAGGGUCGACAUGCCGAGAGCAAAGCCAGACCCACGUCGUCCCAGCAGCCGGCUUCUUCAGUAGCACACAGCUGCGGUGAUGUGUCUCAGCCCAUCAUCAUCUCUGACACGCCCAGCCCCGCCGUCAGCAUCAUCACCAUCCACAGCGACACUGAGGACGAGGACGACAGGAAGUUUCCUCCUGAAAGUGUGAACCAGCGCACAAACGUCAUCAGCUGUGUGACUGUGCAUGACUCCCAGGACUCGGACUCCUCCACCAGCAGCCCUCUCAGCCCCAAAUGCCUUCCAAACUUCGUUGAGAACAACACACACUCCAAGUCUCUAGCCGUGGUCACGCCGUCGGUGAAGACACAGCUCUGGGACGGCGCAUCAGGAGAGCAAAGUACUAAUAGUUCUGGGAAAUCAAAGAAAGGAACGGCCUCACAGUCCAGCGACCGGCAUCAGAGAGCGGCAUCAAACAGAUCUCAGCCUCUCAACCUGAGCCAGGCACAGCAAUCGAUGAUGUCAUCCCAUGACCGUGCAGGGGGCGGAUCCCUGAGACGCCAGACCACCUACCCCCCUACAGGCCCCUCCCACUCCUACAGGCUUCAUGAAGCGUCGCUCUUUGGCUCCGCCUCCAGUCUGUACGCAUACCCUGCAUCUGCAGCCCUGGCCUCGGUGUCGCAGGCCGUGGACCAGCUGCACCAUUCGGCCGGUUCCUCCUGUUCCUCGUCCUCUGGCCGGCACACGCGCACCGCCGGGCCGUACUCCGCCUCUUUGAGCCUUCUGCAGAAGAACAGUGCCAUGGGCGUCAUGUGUCAGGCUUCAGCUCCGUACCAGCAACAGCAGCUGUCCACACCGUCCUACCAGCGGUCUGCGGCGUUUCCCCUCAGCCAGAGGAAACUCAACCAAUACCCGUACCUGUGAGGAGCAGCCGUCUGAACAUGUGUGUUGAUACAUGCCAGGAUGGUGUCAUGGAUGUUCACGUGGAAAUGCCAUUUUAGCUUUGUAUAUUUUAUUUUAGUGUUUUAUUAUCUUUUAUGCAUUUCAGUGGAGCACUUCUUGCAUUUUAGAUCAUUUCAAACCAUGUCAUAAACACAAAACAUUGGGCUGUUUCUUAAGAUAUCACCUGCAGAGAAGCCAUCACCUUAAAACACAUCAAACUUUGUGUUUGACUAGGAAAAGAAACAUGGCUGUUCGGAAUAGCAUACUAUCAUACUACUCUUACCAUUUCUGCAGAAUACAGUAUGCGGAGCAAAGAUAUUCGAUUUUUCCAAAGCGACUUACAAAUGAGAAAUUCAACAAAGUGAUCUAUACUGAUGGUAUAACAGAGCACAGUGUGUGGAAUUAUAUAUCCCACAAUGCAACACACUCGACUUCAAUAACUAGAUCAUUCAUUGCGGUGAAUGAGGCAACACAUUUUUGCAUAUCUCUCUUGACUUAUUCAAUUGAACUGCCAAAAAUUAAGAUUUAUUUUAGCACAGUAUUUUAGUUAAACAUGUAAAACCACAUUUAUUAUUAUUACUUUUUACUGCAAAAUCUGCUUAUGCUUUUGGUUAAAAACAUUAUUUGUAGUAGUAGUAGUAGUAGUAGUAGUAGUUUUAUUGUUAUUAAGGUUUUAUUUUUUUUAUAUUAUUUUCUUUACAACUAUGCCCCCUUUCCCCCCUAACUAAUUCUUAAUGCCAUAAUGCAAAAAUCUCAUCAUUACUUUAAGGUAAAAUAAUUACAUAUUAUGUUUUUUGUUUGGUUUUAAAAACAGCUUAAAUCAAUUUUUUUUUUUUUUUUUUUUUUUUUUACUAUUACUGUUAUAAUUAAUUAAUUAAUUUUUUAACUGGAAAAUCUGCUUGAAUACUGCAUAAAAAGUGCAGAACAAUCUUUUCCCUUGCAGAACUCAAUAUGAAUAUAGUGUGGUCAUGUGACAACAGUGUGGCAUACUAUUGUUGAAUUUUUUUAUCAUUACAUAAUGCAUUCUAACUUGCAUAAAAAAAUGUUUAAGUGUAGUACGCUGAAUGCAGUGUAUACUGUACAGGAAGCAGUAUUCUAGUAUUCCAUUCUGCACAAAGCCCAUGUUGAACUGUCAUGUCUGAAAAUGUUAAUAUUUAAAAUAGGCCACUUUUUUAAAUCAUGGAGGAAUUUAAUCUGAUUUGAUCUGGUAAUUAGAGAAUUAUAUUUCUUAAACAUUUAAGCUAUCUUUGGGAUGUGCGUCAGCAGACGAAGAUAUCUCCUAGAACAGCUAAAAUUAUAUUUCUAAACGUUUCAUUGACGCCUGCCCGAUUAUAAAAAUGUGUUGAAAUGAUACAUAAGUGAUGUCACUCUGACAACACUAAAGCAUUCCGUUGGCAGACCCAAAUUUUAUAUUUGGGAUGGUUACGUUUGCAACACAUUAAGUGGCGGCAGCAUGACACAGGAUGUCAUCACUGACUAGAAACUGAACAAGCCAAAAUACCAGGAGAAAGUCAGCUAAAUAUGACACACAGCAGUUUAUAUAUCAAAUUUAUGCUGAAAUGUAUUCCUUGUUAAAAUUGAAUUGUUUAUUAUUAUUAUUAAACAGUCUUGUUUACUCAGUCACAAAAUAACCAGAAGAAUAUGUUUUAAAAUAGUUUUUUUUUCAUAUAUAUAAUGUUUAAUAAUAAAUUUUUGUGACAGAGCUCUGUAGUUGCACACUAAAUAAUCAAGGUUUUGCUUUCAAUAUAACUUUCAUUGUGCUUUAUUUAUUUACUGAAUAUAUGUGGACUUCUAAUGAUGUAUGUAAAACCUAAUAAUAAUUGUGCUUUCUUUUAAAUUUUAAUUCUCUUCAACUUUGUAUAAUUUUUUACAUUGGUUUAAAAGCGUCCUCUUUUUUGACUAGCACUUAUGUUUAUUAUUUGAUUUGUAUUUUAUGUUUUCUCCUUAAAUUAAGAGUGAAUUUGUCAGUGUGAUUAGUCAGGAUGAUUACUUGUCAUUUGUUGUCAAUUGUCAACUGGUGCGGUUGCACCGCAUGUGUCGUACUGAGCUUGUCUCGUGAACGUUGCCGGGGUUCUUGGCUUUGGUGCAAUGAUGGCUGUUUAUACUGUUUUAUCACCAUGUGAAGUGGAGUGCAGAGUAGAUGAAAUCACAAUAAACUUUCAUCCAGAA